GAUCGAUAAUAAGACCAGCGCCGCCGGGGCGGAGGCCGCCGCGGGCGAGAUGGAACAGCGAUCUAACAACGAAAACAUGGUUCGCACCGUGAUCAACGAGGUCCACGAUGCGUUAAGCAAGAUCGCGGAGCACCCGGUGUUCAAGGACAUCGUUGGGCAGGAGCCGAAGACCAUGUCGGAUGGAGGCGCCCAGGCGCCAUUCAAGCAGGCUGACAUGAACGCUGUGCUGAACAGAGAUGGACCUAGCCUGUUCUACAAAUGCCAGAUCAAGGAGCUCCAGAGGUUCGCCUUGGAGCCACUGCAGCCGCCCAGGCACAUCCCCUUCGAGGCGGUGGUUGCGUUGGACUCAGCCACGCAAUGCGUGGCGGGUGCGAAAGGUGCCUUGCAACGCUUGUCGCCCCCGGAGCCCGCCUUCGCGGUGAUCUUCGGCGUCAGGGAUGCAAUCAUUCAAGAAGCUGGCGAUGACGUGUUAGGGAAAUGGCGCCACGCGCUGUUGACGGCGUCGUUCAGGUUCGAGCUGGUGACAUCAGGGGGCGAUCGGUAUUGGAGGGCCCAAAACCUCCGACAGGAAGCCGUCGAGAUGGGCAUCGUGUCCCAUUUGUCCGUCCGCCAGUGGAUCUACGACGUCGUUGGCUUCAAGGCUUCCAAAGAGAAAGACCUGGACAGGGAGUUGGGCAGCGCUCAGGUCGCGAAGUACUACCAUGAGAAAAUGAAGUACGCCAGGGGGACGGAGGGAGUCAGCGCGUCUUUCGUCGACAGCGCCCUCACCGUGCACAGGAGGGCCCUCAGCAACGAGACGGCGCGCCAGUGGCUCGAGUGGUGCGACGAGCACCUGAUGGAGAAGAGCCCAUGUAGCAAAUCGAUUUAUGCGUUGCAGGCCUUGGUCGACCGUGCGCAGACGACAUCUCGCAUUACCUGGGCCAUUUGCGGCCUCACGGAUCUCUACCGCAUGGACUCUAUCACCGCGGGGGAGUUCGCGAUCCGCAGGAUGAAGGACUACAGGCAGAGCUACAUCGAGGUCCUCAACCUGAAGCAUGCCAUGCGCGAUGAGUUGCUCCAGACGUGGUUGCCAGGGAUCGGUCUGCCAAUCGAGCACGUUAAAAAGAUGCAGGAGGCGUUCGCCGAUUUUCCGAACGCGCGCGCGUCUGUGACAGGCUACCCCGACGAGCCCACGGUGGACACUACGUGGAUGGUCGGAUGGCCCCCAUCUUCGGUGGCGGCAUGCACCUUUCUGGAAGAGUGUAUCUACACUUGCUCCUAUGACGGCCGCUACAGGGACGCUGUAAAGUCGAAGGCAAAGGUUGCUGACAUCUUGGAGUACGAGAGCGUCAAGCGCGAGAUCGACGAGAUCGCCGCGACUCUGGCCCAAGAGCGAGCCGCUGCAGCGGCGGCGAGAGGAGAGACCCCUGCAGUGGACCCAGCUACGCCAGCUCCGACAACUGGUACGACAACCGCGACUCCAGAGUCGAAUGGCUCUCACAGCAUGGAGCAGCAGGACCAAGAGUAUUGGGAGAAGAUCAUCAAGAAGCAUAAGAAAACAGCCGCUGAGCUGGAAAACGCAAUUCGCGAUUCCACUCUGGCGGGCAUCAGGGGCGAUCCGACUGGUCUCGCGCUGUUUCACUUCGACGUCAAGCAGAGCGGCGAGCCCUUAACUCGCCCGGAGCUGCGGGUCGCCCCCCUGCGCGACGCGAACUACCACAGGCUGGUCAGGACCGUGCUGAACGCGCGUGCCCCGGCUGGCGGUACCCCUGGUCUACGAUCUGGUGAAGCCAGCAUCGCCAACCACCGCAAGAAGUUGCGCAGCUGCACAGGUGGCCUUCGCCAGUCCGAGUGCGCUCACAUGUUCUCACAUACGAAGGUCUCCCUGCCAGAGAGGUCACGGAAACACUAUCCUGGAAGCACGUCGGGCGACGCAAUCAUGGGCGUCGAGGCGACCGAGGCCAAAAAGGAGUGGACCAUGAGUUGGUCGGACAAAAAGGCGCUCUACGGCAAGAAGAACCUCAUCGCUGUCGGCGGCGAGACGAAAUGCACGAGCCCGGACGACGUGGUCGAGCGCAAGACGGACUCCACGCAAGUGCCAGUCACGCACCGCGGAAUGCCCCCCGCGCGGUACGACGAGCUCAUCCACAUGUUUUUCUUGAAGGCCAUCGUGGACUUGACGCCGCUGGGCGCCAAAUUCGCUUGGCAGGCGGUGCUCAACCGCGCGGGGUACGUCGGCAUCGCUUUCACCGAGGAGCACAAGACUAUGAUCUACGCGAGGCUCGUCGAGCAGAUGAGGGCCGAGAUGUGCCAGACGGGCUCCAAGCUCUACAACGCCCAGUACGCGAAGGCGGCAGGGCUCACCGAGACGCCGCCCCCAGUGCCACCGCCGAACCUCAAGCGCCGCCCCCGGCGCAAGCCCGUGGCGGUUCCCACGGCUGAGCCAGGCACUGGCGGGGAUGGUGAGCCUGAGAAUGACAAUCCUGAGCCUGGGGAUGAUGGUCUUGUUGGUGAUCCCGAUCCUGAGAACGCCUGGGAUCCCUUUGCAUGA